AUGCUACUUCUGCUGCUGAUAGCCUUAGGAGAGUUCUUUUCGUCACCUGCACUGGCACUAGCGGACGCUGCCACUUUGAAUGCCACUAAAGACAACCCUCAAGAGUUUGGAAAGAUUCGUCUGUUUGCCUCGGUCGGUUGGGGACUGGCCAUGUUCGUCAUGGGAGUUGGCCUGGAUUACUCCGAUACCUUCCGAAAUCAUCCGUGCCCGACUAGUAACACCACCGAGAAGAACUACACACUUUGCUUCGUCAUGUGCAGUAUAUUCAUGUGCGCUGCUAUGCUUCUUGGUGAGUACUCUUCAUACCAAUGUCAAGCAUGA